AAAAUUCAACCCUGCGUUCUUCUCACCUGUGGCCCCCCCAAAGGCGCGGAGCAACCGGCAACCCACCCGUUGUUUCGGCCCAACAACCGGGUUCGGCACAUGGCCGGUUUGGACCCCCUUUCGUCUUCGUCUUCCUUCGUUGCCGGGACCAACGACCCGGUCGUCGGAUCGACCGAGCUGGAGCGGGUCGUCGGUCGGAGUGAGGACGGUGGCGGGCCAACCAGGGUGGUUUUGGCUUGAGGAAGUCAUGCCUUGGUUGGCAUUGGUUGGCAUUGGUCCUUAGAUAACGGCGAUGGUCUGACUCGGUGUUCCCUAGGAUGGACAGUGAUUGACUUCGCAGAAUGAUUGACUUCGAAAUGGACUUCGGAUGGGUAUAUGCACUCUGCUGAAUGCAUCUCAUGGAAGUGGAUGGCAUGGAUGAACAUGGGGGGUUCCACUUCAUGUGAGCGAGUCCUUGUGUAAUCCCUUCCUCCAACCGUGUGAUUUCGAUGAUUUCGUGGUGAACUCUUCCCGCCUCAAGAUCCCUCCGAGGUUGAACAUAAAGCAUUCAGGAUUCUUAGAAUUCGGGGGAGAAUUCUCCACGGUUUUUUGUCCUUAUACUGCAGGUGGUGGGUGGCCUCUGCCACCCAGCACCGUGGCAUCAAGGUGUUGCAGGUGCCCCAGUCCUUCACUGGCAACGAACUCCGGGAUCAGAUCAUCCAGCGCUUGACGUCGAAAGCUGGCACACAGAUCUCGUUGCAGAUCGGAUCCGAGAUGCUGUCGAUGACGAAGAGCUUGGAAGAGCAAAGGGAGAUCUUUGGCGAUAGAUGUCGCGUGAGCUAUGUCUAUGUACCCAUGAAUAUGCUGGAUGCCUGGACCUGUCUCACGGUCGAUUCUCCCGAGAUCGCUGUUUCGGAGCACAUGGGGCGGCACGCCAGCGCCUCCAUCGAGGGGAUGACGUCCAUCGAAGGGAUCAACGGUCUACAGCAGCUGAGGCAGCUGCCGAAGAGUUUGGUGAGCUUGGUCAUCGGCCAUGAUUUCAAUGAGAGUUUGGAAGCUGAGCAAAUGCCCAGCUCUUUGGAGUCCUUAACCCUUGGCUUUAGUUUCAAUCAGAGCCUGGAGCGAGUGGCUUGGCCACGAUGUCUGAAGACUUUGAACUUUGGCUACAACUUCAACCAAAGUUUGGAUCGAGUGCAUUUACCGAUGUUGGAACAUUUGACCUUUGGCUUUUCCUUCAACCAGCCCUUGCUGCAUGUGACCUUCCCGAAGAGCUUGAAGAGUAUCACCUUUGGUGUGCGUUUUAAUCAGUGCUUGAAGAAUGUCAUGCUGCCGGGCUCCUUAGAACACCUGACGUUUGGUCAUUAUUUUGACAGCGAUGUGGGUGACAUACAUCUUCUGCACGGCUUGAAGAGCUUGACCUUUGGCGAUAAGUUCAAUCACAGUUUUACGUCGACGCAGUUUCCCAACUUGGAAGCUCUCAGGUUCGGCUGUUGCUUCGACCAGCCGCUCAGUGAGUUACCUGCGAAUUUGAAGAACUUGACCUUGGGAAACGACUACUACACUCACUUGGAGCAUGGGAGUUUGCCCCAGAAUUUGCAAAGCCUCACUUUCGAGGAGGUGGGACAUCGCCGUUGGAAGAAAGUGCACAGCGGCUCCAUCUGCCAUUUUUCGGAUCGGAGAUUCACGUGGCCAGAGAAGCUCCAAGCUUUGACACUGGCCAGUAAGUGCUACAAGCAGUUCUCCUCUAUGCAUUUUCCUCAGCUGCAAAGUCUUACGCUUGGUGGAGAUUUCAAUGAGAGUUUGGGGACCAACUUGCCUCACGGCCUUUUGAGUUUGACUCUGGGGGAUAGGUAUGACAUGAGUUUGGAGGGUGUGACUUUGCCCAGCGCUUUGCAACACCUGACCUUUGGUGAGCAGUUCAAUCAGACUUUGGAACCAAUCUCUUUGCCAGAGACGUUAGUGACCUUGACCUUCGGCCGUGAGUUUAACCAAAGUUUGGAUCAGGUGAGGUUGCCUCAGAGUUUGGAAGGAAUGACUUUUGGCGAUCACUUCAACCGAUGUGUCGAUGACAUCACAUGGCCCUGUCAUUUGCAGGAGUUGAUUUUUGGGAAAAGCUUUGAUCAUGAGUUGCACCUGACAUUUCCCUCAAAGCUCAGAAGGUUGACCUUCGGAUAUUUCUUCAACAGCUCAUUGGAAGGAAUCGUUUGGCCCAUGAGCUUGAAGAGCCUGACCUUUGGGGAAGUUUUCAUCAACCCUUGGCACAGAUAGUGCUACCUCCAAGCCUGAAGUCUUUGAUUUUGGGGCGAGACUUUAAUGAAGCCUUUCUUCAAGGCAUGCCUUUGCCUGAAGAGCUCCAGGAGUUGACCUUCGGGGAAAAGUUCCAGCAGCCCUUGACAGGAUUCUCUUUGCCCAGCAACUUGCGCAGCUUGACUUUUGGACCGGACUACAACCAGAGCUUGGAAGGGGUGAUCUUCCCCAACAGCCUCCAAUGUCUCAGAUUGGGCACUCUCUUCUCCUGGCCCUUGACCGACGCGGCUCUUUCAUGGACCACUUUACAGCGAUUGGAGUGCCAGGGUUUGGUCUUAAGCUCCGGUCCGAAGUGAGAGAAGCGGAUGAGAUCCAUGGCAGGCUACUGACCUAGCUGCGCGCCGGAGGCUACUGGUCAUGGGCAGAUCUGAGACGAGAAGGCUUUUCGGAGCCUCGUGCAUCUGGAUCAGUCGUCGGAUCUGUUCCAGUCGGAUCUGUUUCCCAAUUCUGGGACCAUUUGGAACCUCUGAGUGGAGUGUUUUCGCUGUUGAGUUGGACGUGGGUGGCGUGGAAGCCCUCAGCUGGGAUGCUGUGCCGAUGACGAGUUGCUCCUUGGGCGCCCAAAGGGCGGAGGACUUUGGAUCACACAUGGGGAGAUGAAAGAUGCGCCACCGGCGAUUGGCAGGUCGAUCUAUGAGAGCUGAGAUGUAUACAUAGCGGAAGCAUGCCUGAUUGGUCUUUAAUCGCUCUACUUGCUGUUCGAAAGAGUUGCAAUCCGGUGUUUUUGCGACCAAACUUUCCCUGGUCGGCACUGUAGCACUUCUUUACCCGGAGACCAAGAAGACGAAGACGCAGCAAACACAUUGCCACCGAAAAGAAACAGCGAUUUGGACGGUUGGUCGCUUCAAAGCUGUCUGGGCAUCUUCGAGUGCUGAUUCGAACUCGCCCGGGCCAUUUUGUUGCAGUACGAACUCUGCCGGCGGGUGAUGUGGUGCCAGACGUCCAAGGUUCAGAACGACCCACCGAAACAGGCAGGCCACCUCUCUCAGCUCAGGCCACGUCACACGCAGCUGCUGCACUCUGCUUGCUGUCACGUGGCGGAGAUGAGAGAUGAAGCCCAGCCGGGCGAGCUUUGAGCGUGUGGGUGGCUGUGGUUGUACUCCCUCAUUUGUGUUCUACAAAGAACUUGCUGAGUCGAACAAAUUGUUUCGAAUUGAGUCGAAAAGAAGCUGAGGAC